CGGUCAGAGGCACUCUGGGCCAAGAACAGGCUCCAUAUGUACAAGAAUAGCAAAGGUAGGUUGAAGUUACGAGACAAGGCCUGACGAUAUAAGUACUCGGGGAGAAGCACUCCAAUUCUUCUUGACCACUCUUGUCUAUACCAACAUUUCUUGUUUCUACUUCUUAUCUCAUAAUCUUUACGAAGAUGUUCAGACAACUAUCGAUAGCCGCUGUGGCAUUGUCACUAGCAUCCUCUCAAGUAUCAGCCAAGCCCAUUCAGCGUAGGGCAGCUGGCGAUUCGUCCUUCGACUACAUCGUUGUUGGAUCAGGACCUGGCGGUGUCACAGUCGCCGACAAGCUUUCCGAAAGUGGUGCAUCAGUACUCUUGGUCGAGCGUGGUCAGGCAACCACUGGCCAAUGGGGUGGCAACAACAAGCCACAAUGGCUGGACAACUCCGGAAUGACCGUCUAUGAUGUUCCUGCUCUCGACGACCAGAUCUGGACCAAGGGUGGUGACUUCACAAAUGAUAUUUUCUGCGACGACAUUGUUGGCGGUAUCUCUGGUUGUGUGCUCGGUGGCAGUGGCGCUAUCAACUCUGGACUCUGGUGGAAGCCUACGUCCUGGGACUGGGACACUAUGUUCCCUGAGAAGUGGAACAGCACCAACAUGGCAAAUGUGACCGACCGUGUCUUCUCGCGUCUGCCCGGCACUGAAGUCCCUUCUCAGGAUGGACAGCUCUACUAUCAGCAGGGUGCUGAUAUGCUUGAGGGCGCUCUGGAUGCUGCCAACUGGACACUGGUCAGUGCCAACGAAGUCCCUAAUCAGAAGGACAGAGUCUACUCCAACACCACGUACAUGUUCCAGAACGGCGAACGCAGCGGACCCAUGUCUGUAUACCUUGGAUCUGCAUACUCCCGCCCCAACUUCUCGCUUUACACCAACGCCAUUGUCGAGAGAGUCAUCAGAGAGGGAUCCAAGAUCACUGGAGUUGAGAUUUCGAACACUGCCGACGAUGGCUUCAGAGGAACCGUCAAGGCCAACAAGGCUGUCGUCCUCGCUGCCGGUGCAUUCGGUACCCCCAAGGUCCUUUUCAGAAGUGGAAUCGGCCCAAGAGACCAGCUCGAAACUGUCCGCAACACUGAGGGCUCCAAGAUGAUCGGAGAGGAUCAAUGGAUUGAUCUGCCUGUUGGCCACAAUCUUAUGGACAACAUCAACACUGAUAUCGUCAUCUCCCACCCUGAUGUCGUUUACUACGACUUCGCUGGUCUCUGGGACCACCCCAACCAAGGCGACGUCGACUCUUACCUCAAUGGACGUACCGGCAUGCUUGCUCAGUCCGCUUCCAACCUGAACCCCAUGAUCUGGGAGAUGUUGAACGGCACCGACGGUCUCCAAGGUCUGCAGUGGACUGCUCGUGUUGAUACUUCCCUCGACAUCAACAACGAUGCUAAGCACAACAUGGUUCUUGCUCAGUACAUCACCAUCGGUCAGGCCGCUCGUGGCAGAACCACCAUUACCCCCGACUUGAAGAUGAACGUCUCCACCGGCGUUGACGUUAUGCAACACGAGUCCGACCAGGUCGCCAUCGCCCAGGGUCUCGACGACAUGAGAAACAUCCUCAAGAACGUCCCUGGCCUUGAGAUUCUCUCUCCUGCUGCUGACGUUUCUUCUCUGAACUACGUCAAGUCGACCACCCACCUUUACGUCAACCACUGGUUGGGCAGCUGCAAGAUGGGCAACGAUGAUGGUCGUGACAACGGUACUUCGGUUGUCGACGCCGACUCCAAGGUCUACGGUACCGACAAUUUGUUCAUUGCCGAUGGCUCCAUCUUCCCUGGCCAGACCACUUCCAACCCUCAGGCCGCCAUCACCAUUGUCGGCGAGCGUGUUGCCGAGCUUAUUCUCGCACUCAACCAAUAGAUAAUUUGAGCGCAAGCUACCAUGGCAAUUCCACAAAGCCACAUAAUAUGUACAUAGACACGAAUUAUGAAACC